GGCGCAUCAGCUGGUCGAGCGGAGCGGGACUCGGACCUACGGCACACGGGACAACAACAGCGACGACACGGCCACAGACCCGAGGUGCACCACCCUCCUCCACCGCCACCUGCUCCUCCUCCAGCCGCCUACUGCUCCGGAUUUCUCAAGGGGACUACUGGGAGAGAGAAGCAGAUUUUCCCCGUUUGCUGCCACAGCCAGAAGAACUCGGGGGCGUGGGACUCCACACACCUGUCUGCUGAGAAUCCAAUACAGCUACUGGAUGCUGCAACUGAGAACGAGAGAGGAAGAGGAGGAAGAAACAGUCAAAGAGAGAAAGAGAGAAAGAACUUGUCCUCCCCAGAUACAAGAGGGGGGGGUGCUUGGUCACAGAGAUCAUUGUUCGGCAGAGGUUUCUCAAGGGAGAACCGGCCAUUGAAAAGUCUGUAAUGGCUGAGCUGUCGUCAGCCCAGGUGACCGAGUGCACCUGAACAGAACUUCUUUAUUACUGCGACUUCAAGAAGGGACUGAAUCCUCUGAAUCCUCUUGGCCUGGAUUUUUAUUUUAUUCUAUUUUUGUGGUUUUACCUGGAAGAGAAACAAGCGCAUUUGAGCGGAUGACUGUGAUUUUUGAGUCGAGCUGCUGAGGCUCAAGCAUCCAUGGGCUGGAAUGCAGAUCCUCACAUAUGGAAGCAGACUUUACAGGACUGUGUUUGAGCAGCUGAGCCUGUGAGGGACCUGGAGACGGCCAUGUUGGAUCUCUUCCUCAGAGCGCCGGUGUUGACCCGUCUUCGCCCGACGACUUGCAGCACCACCCUGCCGACCUAAGCUGUCUCUCUCUCUCUCGCUCUCUCUCUCUCUCUCUCUCUCUUCCUCUUCCUGCAUUCCUUUGCUUCCUCCGCCUGGUCGGGAGAAAGGUCCUUUAAGGAACAUGUCCUAUGCACACGACCACAAGCUGCUCACCUGGAGCUCACCUCACCUCGCCCUCCUGCCGCUGACCUACCUCUGGCUCCUGGCUCCAGCCACAGGUGUGUCAGCAGAUCUCUGCCGGGUGACCGGCGGCGUGCUGGGGAUCCACUGGAGCAGCACCAUCGGCCUGGGUUGGUAUCCUCUAGCAACUGGAAGAGCCGGGGCGACGUGUUGGGAGUCCUGCUGCUUAGAGCCGAGCUGCGAUGCCGUGUGGAGCCUCGGCGGACGCUGUGUGCUCCUCAGAUGCUCCCAGAAGGGGGGCUGCCUUGUCUCCUUCCUGCCCCAGCCCCACCAGGAGUCUCUUGGUUUCCUGCAGCUGAUCUCCAAGGGUCCCAUCACAGCGAGACGUAGACAGGCUCGCAAUGCACCGCAAACAGGAAGCCACCCGCCGCACACAGGACACCUCAAUGACACGGCACGUCCAAACCUGGAACCAGAUCAUCCAACACUUCCUGUACCCAGCACCAUCCCCCUUCUUCAGAAGCCCCAGAAGAACCUCAGCCAUUCAACCAAUGGGAGUUCGGACUCCUCUGAGGUUCCAUCACAAUUUAGCUCGACGACACCGCACAACACUGUUGAUACUCCUCAGUCUUCCAAUGGCAGUGAUGUCAUCUCACCCACAGCGACUGAAGCUGCCACCAUCACCACUACAACACAGGCUGUGAAGGAACUGGUGGUGUCAGCGGGGGAGAGCGUGGAGGUGACGCUUCCCCGCAGCUCGGUCGAACUCAACGCCUUUGUGGUCCCAGCAUCACCAGAAGGGACAGAAUAUGAAUUUGAAUGGCGUCUGAUUACACAUCCCAAAGAUUACAGCGGGGAGGUGGAAGGAAAGGACAGCAAGACGCUAAAGCUCAGCAAGCUGACGGUGGGCCUGUAUGAGUUUGAGUUGACGGUGGACGGGGAGGGGGCUCACGGAGAAGGUUACGUCAAUGUCACAGUCAAACCAGAGCCGCGGAUAAACAAGCCGCCUGUUGCCAUCGUUUCCCCAAAGUUCCAGGAGAUUUCCUUGCCGACCAGCUCUACGGUGAUAGACGGCAGCCAGAGCACCGAUGAUGACAAAGUGGUGGCUUGGCUCUGGGAAGAGGUCAAAGGUCCCCUGAGGGAGGAGAAGGUCUCUGCCAACACCGCCAUCCUCACCCUCACCAACCUGCUGCCUGGGAACUACACCUUCAGUUUGACCGUGACGGACUCGGACGGAGCCACAAACUCGACCCUGGCCACGCUCUCUGUCCACAAAGCCAAGGACUACAGGCCUGUGGCCAAUGCCGGCCCAAAUCAGGUCAUCCAGCUGCCACGGAACUCCAUCACUCUGUACGGCAACCAAAGCACAGACGACCAUGAUUCCCUGUUGUACGAGUGGUCCCUCACCCGGGAGAGCAAAGAUAAAGUGGCGGAGAUGCAGGGUGUCCGGACACCGAUCCUGCAGCUGUCAGCGCUGCAGGAGGGAGACUACACCUUACAGCUGACUGUGACCGACUCAGCCGGACAGCAGGAAACCGCCCAGGUCACGGUCAUUGUGCAACCAGAAAACAAUAAACCACCCGUAGCAGAUGCCGGACCAGAGAAGGAGCUGACGCUGCCGGUGGACAGAACCACACUGGACGGCAGUAAGAGCAGCGACGAUCAGAAGAUCGCCACCUACCACUGGGAACAAACCAGUGGUCCUAAUAAUGUGAAGAUUGAGAACCCAGACGCCGCCGUCGCCACGAUGACAGGUCUUGAGGUCGGCAGGUACGAGUUCACCCUGACGGUGACGGACGACAGGAAUCUGAAGAGCACCGACACGGUCACGGUCAUCGUCAGAGAAGAGCUGGACCAACCGCCGGUGGCUCACGUCCUCUCCAGUCCUCCUGUCUCGCUGCCGGCCAGGACCGCCACUCUGGACGGAUCUCACACAACCGACGACAAAGGUGGAGUCACCUUCCUGUGGACGAGGGACGACAGCAGCCCUGCGGCAGGAGACGUACUGAACAACUCUGACCACCAGGCUGUGCUGUUCCUGGGAAACCUGGUGGCUGGGAAGUACAGUUUCCAUCUGUUAGUAACUGACAGCAAAGGACAGACCAGCACUGACAGGGGCACCUUGGAGGUCAAACCAGACAUGUGGGAGCGGGACCUGGUGGAGCUGGUGUUGGAGGUUUCAGUAUCGCAGGUCUCCCACCGGCAGCGGGACAUGCUGCUGCGCCAGGUUGGGGUUCUACUAGGCGUGCUGGACAGUGACAUCAUAGUGCGAGAGAUCCGUGCGUAUAAUGAGCACAGCACUCGUUUGGUCUUCCUGGUGUCAGGCGGUCCGGGGCGCCCCCCUCUGUCCGGUCACAGCGUUGCACUUGGCCUACGCAACAAACUGCGCAAACAGAAGAACGACUUCCUCAUAUACAAGGCUCGACGUGUGGACACAGUCAUCUGCCAGCUGAACUGCUCCGGCCACGGCGAGUGUGACUCGUUCACGCGGCGAUGUGUCUGUCAUCCCUUCUGGAUGGAGAACUUCAUCAGUGCUCAGCUCGGAGACGCAGAGAGCAACUGUGAGUGGAGCGUGCUCUAUGUGACUAUAGCAUCUUUUAUGAUUGUGGUUGCAAUGGCAACACUUGUCUGGGGGAUAGUGUGUUGCUGCAAAAGACGAAAGAGCAAAGUGCGCAGAAGUAAAAGUCGAUACAAGAUGCUGGAGGCGGAGGAGCAGGACAGUCUGGAGCUUCAGCCGCAGAGAGUCGCCCGCAUGAAGCCCGUCCCAGCCCCCACCUCCUCCGCGCUCAUGCACUCGGACUCCGACCUGGACAGCGACGAGGGGCACGGCGGGGUCCCGUGGACGGACCAGGAGCGGGGACACCUCCUUCGGCCCCAGAACGGCUCCCUGAGGAACGGCCAGGGACCCGUCAGGGGCAAGAAGCAAAGAGAGGAGCUGCUAUAGCAAGAGAGGAGGGGGGAGCCCACCACGGCCCUCGUACAUCCCUCCUCCACCCCUCUGUUCCUCACGCUUCCUCUGCUUCUUUUGUUGUUCUUCAACACAAAAACCUCACACCUCUCAUCCAUGAAGUCGGACAGCGGGACACCUGGAUUAAAAAAAAGGGAGAGAGGGAAAAACAUGCUGGAAACAUGUUGUCCCACUGGCACAGAAAAACCACCAUCAUACUGGAACAUCCCUGAUUCCCACACUGAUCCAACUUGGAAGGAAAGAACUAAAACGUUAAAUGAGAAUUCUGGGGAGAGCACUGUGUUUUGUAUAAAAUAUAACAUAGACCCCUAUUAUUUAACACACAGAGACAAAAAGAAUGUACUGUCACCCUCUGACUGAGGCCGCGGGAGAGAACACUAGCCUGAGUUACACUUGACUUCCUGGAUUUGAUAAAACACACACAAAACAAACCAGUGCUGCGAUGACACGAAAACCAGCCACUUGACACGCUCACUCAUUGCCUCUUGUACACGUGCAUGUUCGCACACAUUAUGUUCGAGGUCGACCUGGUGCUACCAAACGGCGCCAUGUUAAAACCAACUGUCAUCUCUGCUCUGGGGAUUGUGUUCUGAGAAUCACGUGAAGGAAAAACACAACAAAACCGCAUCGGACAACAACAAAAGAAACUGUGCAUGACAAGUCAGAUUGCAGUUGUGGUACAAUAUGACCGCCUGCAUGUUUGUGUGUUGGCUCUAUGUGUGGAUUAGUUUGGCUCCUGUGGCAAAAGAUGUGCACAGUUUGUUUUUUUUGUCUGUUAUGCAACAACCCCAGGAAGAGUCGCGAUGUUGUCAGUUAUGGCGGUUAGCCCAGAAGCACUGUGCUUUUAUUGUGAAGGUUUUCUCUGUGGAUUAAAUCCCUUGGAACACACACACAAAGACUCACACACUGGAUCACACAACGUUAAUGAGUUUGCUCUCAGCGGGGGGGGGUAGAUAACGAGGAGACGGACAUGAAGUUCACAGAAACGUCCCGACACUGAUUCCUCCAUCAUCUCAUGUAACGACUGCUUGAACCUUGAAGACCACUCUUAUUUUAUUUUUUAAACAAACAACCUUUACGCUGUGAUUAAUUGUCCGUGCACUUUUGAUUUCCUGUCAGGUUGUGUCUUACUUUGUCUCGUUGGUUGAUCUGUGAUGGUUAAAGUUGGAACUUCAGCUGGAAACAAACAACUUUGCUGCAUUCAGUGUAGAAAACGCUGUAUUUCCUCGACUUUAAACAUCAAAUGAGCUGAUGUGGUUUCUCCAACCUGGAUGCAGCUCAUGUCCUGAGGCCACUUCAGUGAUUUGGUAUGUACAUGUUUGCUUUAGAGAACAGGAUAGGACGAGCUUCAGCUGUUUCUGGAAUUUCAAACCUCUGCAAAGGCCCAACAGUCCCUUUUUAAAUUCAACCAAGCUGCACCAAAUUACACCGACUCAUGAAUAUCAGUCCCGUAAACAAGUCUGAUUGGUUUAAUUGAGAUCCAUUCAUUAUUUCUAAGGAGAUCUGGGAAAAUGUGAAGGAAAAAGGGGAAAGUGAAUAAAAACAUUCCUGGAGCCCUUUUCCAGAUUCGCUCCAAAAUUAGAGUUGUGUAAUUUUGUUGACAAACAGACAAAAGGCAAUGAAAACAUAACUUCCUUGUCGGAGGUUAUUAUCAUCCGGAAGACCACGUUUAUCUUUGCUUCUCAAUUGGCAUAUUUUCUCUAAGUGUAACAUGAGGAUCACAAAAAAAGAACAUUUGUUUAAGUGACACAACCGAGACAAACCAAAUCACAACUAAUCCUCCAUUUGUUAUAAAAAUCGAGUUGUGUCCUCAUUCAAAACCGAGCUUAAUCCUUGAGAAACAAAUUAUUUCUUCCCACAAACACGACAAAGAUCAGGAGGUUAAUCUGAGCGAGGUUUGCUUCUUCUCAGGGGAGCUCCUCGCUGUGGAAACACCAGGACACAGUAGGAAGUCUGUAGAAACAGAGAGAAGGAAAAACAAUGGAGCAGUAAUCAGAGAAGUUUCGGGGCCGGACUGCGCUGAAUGAGAACUUUACCAUGUGACUCCUCUUUACGACGCCUCAGAGUGUGGUUGAUUUUGUGAAACUGAUCCAUGAGGCACUUUUUCUUUGGUUGUUGAAUGUGGAAAGGGUACGGUGUUAACUCUGUUUGACUCAUACUCUGUGUGAAAUAAGCAAUCACGUUUCUCACUGAUCAGUCACUUCAUGCUGAUGUUACUUCUACUGUUCUGAGCGCCAGAACCAGCUCAGAGGUUUAUUAUUGGUUUUGAAUGUCUGGUCCCAUUUUUGCCAGGUUCUGCGAGGCAAAGUAAAAUCAAGUGAAUCGAAGCGCAAACACUGUAAAACCUCAUCUUAUAUAAUUUAUAUUUGAGCCAUUUCCCUUUUCUUUCCUUUUUGUUGCACAUCAUUGUAAAUUAUACUGGUGUCAUUACCAAGACUCGUGCGUUAAUUCACUCAUAUCUUUUUCAGGCGUUUCACCUUUCACCAAAAGUUCAAAUAAAUAUAUAAAAAACUAUUUAACGAUGCAAAAUUCAUCUUUUCUCAUGUUACAUUAGAAACAUUAUCCCGUCACGUUUGGGAUUUGUCGACGUUAGUGAAUUGACCUCAACUCUACUGAAGUGCACUGUGAAGGCAGACAGACAAAAAGGUAGCAACUGUUAAAUGAAGGGAAUUUAAUUUAAAACAAAUUGUUUCAGUGAAGUUUUUCCUUUUUUCUUUCUUUCUUUGUGUGUGUGACCAGACCUGAUGCAACUGGAUCAUCUGUAAAUUCAAAUAAAAAUGUUUGUUCUUGCGUUUUCUCAGA